UCAGGGUGGAAUGUGUCUGUAAAUACUAUAAAUAGUCUAAGAACCUCCUUAGUUCUUCGCAUUCUCUUUGGACUCCUCUAGCUGUGCUGCUGCAAGGCAGACCAGGAAACAAAAUGAGUGAAUUGAAAAAGUCCCCUGAAGAACUCAAAAAAAUGUUUGAAAAAUAUGCAGCUAAGGAGGGUGAUCCUGACCAGUUGUGUAAGGAUGAACUGAAACUGCUAAUCAAGGCAGAAUUCCCACAUUUAUUGAAGGGGCCAACCAGCCUAGAUGACCUCUUUAAAGAACUGGACAAGAAUGGUGAUGGAGAAGUCAGUUUUGAGGAAUUCCAGAUCCUGAUAAAAAAGAUAUCCCAGUGAGCUCAUCCCCUGAGAAAUAAACAAGCAGCAUGCUAUCAAGAUAGAGUUCUAUUGUAGCCAUGUCACAAAAUCCUUGAGUAGCUACCAUUAAGCACAAGUUUUUAUUCUUCAACAUUGUAUACUCCAAGUCAGGAAAUCAAUGUAUUGUUAAUAAAGGUAUUCUUAAAUAUUC